UGUCCAUUUACUAGAUCGUAGAUGAAAAGUGUCAACCUACUCCUGCUGCUCUGACGUGACAAAUUUAAAUUAAAUACAAGGAGUACCGCCUUGUAAACCUAAGGGGAAGCAAUAAAAUGUACUUGCAAGGAAUACCGAAAUAUUUUGAGCGACGAGGUGUCGUUUAGCUUUUGUCGAGAACAGUUUUCUGAGAAUGUGCGCAUCGUCGCGUAACUUUUAUCAGAAUAAUAAGUCAAGGUCGUGGUAUCGAUUGCAGUGCGCACAGCGGUAGAUGCCAACUAUCAUCGAUCUCUAUCGAAUUGGUUUUCCCCCUGAGAUUCAACCCUUGACGAGCGCGUCGAGCUUUCGUCGAGCGGAGGAACGUUAGCGAGCGGAUUAAAAGUGGCGGAUCGACUAAUUCGCGGUUUCGAUUCGCCCCCCGCAAUUCCGCCAGGCGGUUUCUAAAAGCUCACACGAGGCGUUGACGGAGGUCGAUCGCGGAACUUGGACAGCUACAUGUGGACGUGUCGAGCCACGGCGUACGUACAACAGGUACUCGGAAUGAAAGAGGCCCGACGUGGGACGAGAGCGAGGAGCAUGACGGAGUAAGCGGAGCGCGCGGUCUCUCUGCUUUUCCCCGUCUCCGCGCUUUCGCGUGAAUUGUAUUUGGACACCACUGACGUCAGGCGGCACGCCGGCGAGAGCCCGCAGCUCUGUGAAAUAAACGUGCCGCCGGAUAACCUGCGAUGCCGAGGGGAUUCGACCGACCGGCGGAGAGCGGAGACGCGUCGCCGCUCGAGAGGGUGAUCUGCCCGUCGCCGGAAGAGCUGAGCGUGAUAAAUAACAAUGUCAGGUGCGAGCAGUGCGGGCUCGUCUUCAGGAACGAGCCGCGCUACCGGCUGCACGAUCUCAAGGUGCACCAGCGCAGAAAGCUGGAGAAGAUCGCCAAGGAGAACGCACGCUACCACUGCCCGGUGCAGUCGUGCGUCUACGCGGUUAAUUCCCAUCGAUACUUCGGCACCAUGAAGUAUCUGAAGCAGCAUUAUUUAAAGGUACACGCGGAGAGGAGUCACGCGUGCGAUCGUUGCGGCAAGAGUUUUUCCACCGAGUCCGCUAAAGAAGGUCACGCGAGAGUCUGCGGCGUGGCGUUCACGUGUUCCUGCUCAAAGACCUACGUUACGUACGAGGCGCUGCUCACGCACGCGAAACGAUCUCUGCAUCCUGUGACGAAGAAGUACAAAAACUCGAGGCACGCCAGUCCCAAGGCAAUGCGAGUCGUCUUAUCAAGGGGAAUUGCGAGCAGGCCCGUCACGAUACUGCCGAGUCCAGAUAAGUCUGGAAAGAGUAGCGAGGAUACUAGCACCGCGACAAAAAGCACAUCCGAUGUCGGAGUGCAGACGGACGAUUAUAAGAGGAGUAAGAAGACGUCGAGUCCGUUGAAACCCAACAGUGGCAAUCCGCAUAGCGCGAAACGUCGAAUAUCCCAGGAAACGCAGACCAGUAAUCUUUCCAAGGACAAAACCUUCGGGAAAUCGAUAGAGACGCAAACACCGCGAGCGAACUCGAGGGACUCGUCGAGGGUGCAUAAACGCGGUGGAAGGUGUCGCACAUUGUCGAAGCGCUCGGAGCAGACGUUGCUCAAGGAGGAUCUUAAUCUCGGCGACAAUUUCGCGUCGGCCAGCUUAUUCCCGGCUAGUCCGCUGCCACUUCGCCACGACGUGGGCCUGCAGGACUUCUGGGAGGACAAAAACACCUCGGGCACGCAAACGCUACCCGAAAAGGAUAUGUUCGAGGCGUUUAACGAUAACGUGACUCAGACGGAAUUCGAGACAUUUUACAACCACAGCCCGAAUCCAUUGAUACAGUGCGUACCGAAGAGUACAGUAGCUUUAAUGACGUUGCCUUAUGUCGAGGACACGUCGACCGCCGUUGAAGGAUACGCUUUCGCUUCGACCGAUGGGAUAUCCCGGGCCGAUCCUAUGCUGACCGCCAAGACAUUCGAUGACAGAUUUAGCAGCAUAGAGACGCAAACCGAGCAGGCCUUUUCCCCGUCGUACUUUUACUCCGAAUCUCUCUCGAGAUCGUUCGCCCUGAGUUCGAACAUCGAAACGCAAACUACGGACAAUCUGGACAACAUGGAGCAACUGCUGUACAGCAAUACGUACACUCAGACGUGCGACAAAAUGCUGUCCUCCGAUUUAGGGCUGUCCAACAUACAGACUCAGACCGCUUGGUCGCACGACGACACUACCGUUUCUACCGAGACUCAGACAAAGUCCCUGAUCUGCGGGGCCGAUUGCAACAUUCCCACUGGAGCCUGCAGAUCCUGGCUAAAUACGCAAACGAGUCACACCGAAACGCAAACCGACUUACUCAGCAUUUUCGAGGGGCUCGAGUAAGUCAAUCGCGUUCUUUUUUUCCACCGCGAGUUAUGUUCGUCGCCUUCCCCGCGUUUUGUCAGUCUGGUUUUUACACACUUUUUACCCGUUCUGUGUUUUUUCCCCCCCAUAAUAUAUAGAUACAAAACUAUGUUCGAAUAUUCUUGAGGAUCUUUUUAUUGCACGCUUUGCAUUCUUCAUUUUUAUGUCCAUCUUUUAUUCAUCGUACAAUAAGUUAAAAAAGUAUUCGAAAGAGGAAAGUACCUGAUUUUUGGAAUCUUUCUUAUUUCUACUGCCAUUCGUCUUCCAACUUGAAACUUAUCUUUACCUCAAGUGCCAAAUAACAAAAAAAAAGUUGGCAAACCGAGCACCAUAAACGUUAUCCACCUGUAGUUGCGCAUUUGUACACGCGUGUUUACGUAUGUAGAAGUGUAUGUAUAAAUAUCUGAUUUCUUUCAAUACCAAAGUAUUACGCAUAUCUCGCACACAUUCGAGUAUACUUGGCGUGUAUCUACGUACGAUAAUGAAAAAAUAAAUACAACGGCAAUAUGUACAUGUAUUGCGAUCUGAA